UGGUCGACCGGCUCUCACACCCGGACGUGCCGCCGCAGAGAGUCACCUUGCCCCGCCGCUGAGCUGCUGUACUGGUAACAGCAGGUGACCGACCAACCGACAGCAGCGGGAAUCUGACCGGAGAGACUCCGGGCACCGAGCGACCGACCGAGCGGCGGAAACAUGGCAGAGGCGAAGCCGAAGACCUCCCCGAAGGCCAUCAAGUUCCUGUUCGGAGGCUUGGCCGGGAUGGGGGCCACAGUGUUUGUGCAGCCGUUGGACCUGGUAAAGAACAGGAUGCAGCUGAGCGGUCAGGGGUCCAAGGCCCGAGAAUACAAGACCAGCUUCCACGCCUUGUUCUCCAUCCUGAGGACGGAGGGGGUGAGCGGCAUCUACACCGGCCUGUCUGCAGGUCUCCUCCGUCAGGCCACCUACACUACGACCCGUCUGGGGAUCUACACCAUCCUGUUUGAGAAGAUGACGAGUUCAGACGGACGGCCGCCAAACUUCUUACUCAAGGCGCUCAUCGGUAUGACAGCCGGAGCCACAGGAGCGUUUGUAGGGACACCAGCAGAGGUCGCUCUCAUCAGGAUGACUGCUGACGGACGUCUCCCAGUGGACCAGAGGAGAGGGUACAAUAAUGUCUUUAACGCUCUGGCUCGGAUCACCAGAGAGGAAGGACUGACGACUCUGUGGAGGGGGUGUAUUCCCACCAUGGCUCGAGCUGUGGUUGUGAACGCAGCUCAGCUCGCCUCCUACUCCCAAUCCAAACAGGCCCUGCUCGACUCAGGAUACUUCGGAGAUGAUAUUCUGUGUCACUUCUGUGCCAGUAUGAUCAGUGGGCUGGUGACCACGGCGGCAUCCAUGCCUGUCGACAUCGUCAAGACCAGGAUCCAGAACAUGCGGAUGAUUGACGGGAAGCCGGAGUAUAAGAACGGCCUGGAGGUGUUGGUGCGUGUGGUGAGGAAUGAGGGUUUCUUUUCUCUCUGGAAAGGUUUCACUCCGUACUACGCUCGCCUCGGUCCCCACACCGUCCUCACCUUCAUCUUCUUGGAGCAGAUGAACCGCCUCUACAAGACCCACGUCCUGGACCGCUGACACACACACACACACACACACACACACCUACUCUGGACUGCAGCACAAACACAUGUUGAUAAAUCUGGAGAAUUAUUUAAAGGAGCAGCGUCACAUUUGGUCCUGUUACUGUGAACCACACACACACACACACACACACACACACACACACACACACACACACACACACACACACACACACACAGCCAGCAUUUUGAAUGAGGCUCAGUGAGUCAGUAUUAAACAGGACUGUACACAAACACACUCUCUCUCUCUCCCUCUCUCUCUCUCUGUGUGUUUAAGUUCUUUUUGUAAAGAAAAGAAAGUAGUUCAUCAUUUAUUGAUGGUUUAGUAAUCAUUAAUUAUUAAUAAUGUUAACCCCGCCCCCUCAUUAUCAUCAUCAUCAUCAUGGGAUGGCUGGUAACCAUGGUUACAGCUGGACGAAUAAACAUGUCUUGAGCUCA